CAACGCAUAUCCCCCCCAAUACAAAACACCAACACAUAAAUAACAAAGACACAAAAAGUCCACCAUGGACAACUCAGGCUUCAACUUUGGCGAAAAGAAGCGGCCCGCCGCCCUCAACCUCACACACAACCGCACCGCCACAUCGUCAAGUUCCUCGUCAGAGAGCUCGCUCAAGGUGCCCCGGACGCCGCGCUUCGCCGAGGCCACGUCCGUCCACUCGCCCAUCGAGAGCGGCGCCUCGCCGUUCGCCGACCCCGUCGUCAACCCUCAGUCCUCCUCAGACGCCCACCAGCCUGGCGAUGUCGGCUUCGGAUACAUCAGCAACUCGGGUAGCGACCGCGAGUCUAUCAAGAUGCCAAAAUCGCCUCUCAAGAGCGCCAUGAGGGUGCCUGGCACGCCGGCGAGGACCCUCAACAUCAUGAGCCCUACGUUUCGCGAGGAGGAGAUUCUGGAGAAGCGGGAGCUCGAGACGGAGAAGGAGCAGGCCAAGGAUCUGAAAAUCAAAAUCCGCGUCCGAAUGGCCAAGUUCGCCCUCCGAAGCGUCCACUUCAGCUGCUCCCUCAUCAUCCUCGCCAUGCUCUCCUCGUCCUUUGCCAUCUUUAACGCCACAAAGUCCCUCCCCCAGCAGAGCAAGAUGCCCUCCUGGGCCGCCGGAACUAACCCCUGGGCCCAGAAGCUCGUCCUCGCCAUGGCCUGCCUAUCUCUCGCCAUCUCGAUCCUGGUCUUUGUCGCAUACUGCCGUGGAGGACAUCGCCGCGCUGAAAAGGUCGGCACAUACUACACGAUAUUUGCUAUUGGAUGGUUCAUCGUCAGCCUCAUCCUCUGGGUCCUCGCCGCCGCCGUCUUCUCCAACUCCAAGAACACGGGCGGCAACAAGGACAUGUGGGGAUGGUCGUGCGUGCAAAACACCCGCGCCGAGGUCUUCGCCGACAAGGUCAAGUACUCGCUGGUGUGCCGCCUGCAGAACUGGACCCUCAUCUGCAUCAUCAUCGAGGUCGUCCUCGAGGUCAUCAGCAUCCUGCUCUACAGCGUCAUCUUCUACCGCUACUACUCCAAGCGCCGCCUGCACAAGUCCAUGGACGUCCGCGACCGCGCCCGCUCCGACCUCUACCUCGCCCAGCUGCGCUCCCAGUCCGCGCCCAACACCCCCGGCUUCCCGCGCUCGCCCGGCCUCGGCGGCGCCGCCCCCAUGACGCCCGCCAUGUUCCCGCCCAAGUCGCCCGCCCUCAGCCAGUACGCGCUGUCGCCUCGCCACGCGCCCGCCGGGUUCGGCAGCCUGGGCGCCGUCGACGAGAAGGCCGCCUUCACCCCCGGCGCCGCCGCCCAGGUCCUCGUCGAGCCGCCCUCGCAGUUCUCGAGGCCUUCGGUGCCCUUCAAGCUGCAGGCUCCUCCCACCAAGGCGCCCUCCGCCACGCCCAAGGCCCAGAGCCCGCUGACGCCGGUGGACCACUCGAUGGCGGCGGCGCAAAAGGAGACGCUGCAUGAGCACGCUCCUGUUGCUGCGGAUGAGCCUACGUACGAUGCCGUCCCUAUUCCGGGCGCUUAUAGCGGUGCUCCCGCCACGUUUGGACAGGCCAUGUGA